AUGAGAUUGGGAAGCUGGAACAUAGGAACCUUAACAGGUAAAUUGAGGGAGUUGGCAGAUGUUUUUGCUAGAAGGAAAAUGAAUAUUGUUUGUUUGCAAGAAACUAAGUGGGCUGGAGAAAAGGCUAAGGAAGUGGAUGGAACUGGUUUCAAGUUAUGGUACAUAGGUACGAACAAGAGUCCAAAUGGUGUUGGAAUUAUGAUUGAUAAAAGUUUCAGGGAUAAAGUUGUGGACGUCAAAAGGAAAGGCGACAGGAUUAUUCUGGUUAAGCUUGUUGUGGGUGACUUAAUUCUGAAUAUCCUCAUUGUGUAUGCACCCCAAAUUGGAUUGCAACCAACUGAUAAAAGCCAAUUUUGGGAAGACUUGGAGGAGAAUGAUUUCGUUCCAGUAAUUGUGCACUAUAUAGUUGAAAUGAAAAUCUUAGACUUUCUUGAUUAUGAUAUUCAAAUCUGCAUAGCUGCUUAUAUGCUGGUGCCUUUUUAUAUCUACUAUGUUUUGUUUUUGCAAGGAGACAUUGAGAGGAGUAAGGUGAUUGAAUUUUGGUUCAUUGGACCCAUGGAGUUCAACAAGGAUAUGGCUGUGAGGGCUAAGCAAACUGCUGAACGUAGAAUGCAAAAAGGAGAAUUUGUCGAGGCACUGAUGUUUGCUACGAUGGCCAAAAGAUUGUACGCUGACGUUGAAAACAUAGCUCAGAUCCUUACGGUUUGUGAGGUUCACAAUGCUGCAAAGAACAAACUCUUUGGGUCUGACAUGGACUGGUAUAGAAUUCUUCAGACUGAAGGAUUGGCUGAUGAAGCAACCAUAAAGAAACAGUACAGGAAGCUUGCGCUACUACUUCAUCCUGAUAAAAAUAAAUUUGCUGGUGCAGAAGCUGCUUUCAAGUUGAUUGGGGAAGCCAAUAGGGUGUUGAGUGACCAAGCAAAACGUUCAUCAUAUGAUAUGAAGUUUAGAACCUUUGCAAAAACUGCAGCACCUAAGACCUCAUACCAUCCCUCAAAUGGGAAUACAUUCUCCGCCAAACAUAGUGUAAAUGCAACAAAUGAUCAGAAGAAUUCUGAUUCAAACUCCACUUUUAGGAAUGCCCAUCAGCAAGCUGAACAACAGACAUUCUGGACAUCUUGCAAACAUUGUAAUACUAAGUACCAAUACUACAAAUUUUUUGUUAAUGCAACCUUACGCUGUCUAAAAUGUUUGAAAACAUUUACAGCUCAAAAUUCUGCCUACCAAGGGGUCCCACCAGUAGAUACAUGGACAUCAUCUAAUUUCCAGAAAGUGACUCUUGUGCAUGGUCCGCCAAAACCGGCCUCAGAAAGUAAUGGUGGAAAAUCCCUUGGUGGAGAACAUGCAAACGAGUUUGUGCGGUCAUAUCCUUCAUCUGUGCAAAAAGAUGCUACUGGUGGUGGUGAGCAUUGUAAAGGUAGAAAGAAAAAAGAUGGCUAUCUUCCUGCGUCCAAAGCCAGAGAUUCACAAACCUCAACAAAUGUCGGAAGUAAGAGAGUAAGGCAGUCAGCACCAGAUUCAAGAGAAAGUUCAACCGCUGGAAAUGGUGAUGACAUGAAAGAUGCCAAUGUUCGAGAAAAUGGUGUUGAUCCUUCAAGACUUAAUGCUAGGAGACCUUCCAGGCAAAAGCGGCAUGUUUUAUAUGUGGAAAUCUCUGAAGAUGAUGAUGAUUUUGAGAUGCCUUCCAAAAAGGCACAACAAAAUGAAUCAUUUACCGCCAAUGAAGUUGAGGAAAAGAACGUGCCUGCAAGUGGUGGGUUGUCCAAUAAUAAUAAUCCAACUAGUUCUGCUGCUGGUGUGCUUGAUCAGAACAGAGAGGUGAGAAAUAAGGUAAGUAGUUCAUCUGAAGAAAUAUUUUUAAAGAAUAAAAGCAAAAUUGAGCAGUCUCGUGUUCAAAGAAAGAAAGUAUCCGAGUUAGAUCCUGAUCAUAGAACGUCAAAAGUGGACAACUGUUCUCCAUUGAAUUCGAAUGUGCCGAACAAUCCAGAGAUCAUUCAAUUUCCUGACCCAGAUUUCAGUGAUUUUGAGAAGGAUAAGGCAGAGGGUUGUUUUGCUGUUAAUCAAUUCUGGGCAAUUUAUGAUCCCAUUGACGCAAUGCCUAGGUUUUAUGCUCUAGUUAAGAAAGUGGCUUCCCCUUUCAAGUUGCAGAUUACUUGGUUGGAACCUAACCCAAAUGACCAAGGUGGGAUUGUUUGGCAUGCUGCAGACUUGCCUAUUGCUUGCGGUAAAUUCAAACUUGGUGGUUCUCAGAAAACUACAGAUCGUGCUAUGUUCUCUCAUCAGAUGCACUGCAUAACAAGAAUUCGCAAAGGUUCUUUUCUGGUACAUCCUAAGAAGGGAGAAACUUGGGCAAUUUUCAGAGAUUGGGAUAUCAAAUGGAGUUCUAAUCCAGAAAAUUAUUUGAAGUUUGAAUAUGAGUAUGUGAAAAUCCUAUCAGAUUUUGCAGAGAAAGUUGGCAUUGAAGUUGCUUAUCUGGGAAAAGUGAAAGGGUUUGUUAGCCUCUUUCAGAUAAAUGAGAAGAAUGGAGUGAACUUAUUUUGUGUUCCACCUAAUGAGCUAUAUAGGUUCUCACAUCGAAUUCCCUCAUAUAAGAUGACUGGUAAUGAAAGGGAAGGUGUUCCAAGUGGAUCUUUUGAACUUGAUCCUGCAGGACUGCCUAUUAAUCUAUUGAAGGUUGGUGAUGUGAAGAUGGAGAAUGGAAUAUUAAAUACUGGAGUGGAAUAG